GUGUAACUUAUAUAAAACUAUUUAAAAAAUAUAUUUUCUGACAAACACGUUUGGUCAUCGCGUAGCUGUUACGUUACAAGCUAGUUUGUUUACUAAUUAACGUCAACGACCAUGACAAACUUGCUGUUGAACGCAUGUUUAAAUUACUUGUUUCAAAUUUUGAAAUGGCUAUAUGCGUGGGUUUUUUGUCGAUGUAAACGAGUUAACAUUAGCUAACCGUCUUUCCAUUCACCGUGUUUCUGAAAAUGAGUGUUUUGCCGUGAAAUUGAUGCAUCAAUGCAUUACAGGCAAUUGAAUUGUAACAGCCACAGUAUGUAACGUUAGGCUAUAUUAGUGGUGACCCACGAUGUGCGUGAUUUUCAUCUUAUAUAUUUUUGCAUUCUCAAUGAAUGGUGCUAGAUUAUAUUAUGCCUCAUGCUGUUGUUUUUGUGAUCUUCAGACGACUGUCCUGCAGCAAGCGGUUGAAGGUUACUCCUCCUCAAAUGGAUUUGCACAAAUAAAGGCAGUAAAUCAAGAGUAUGGUGUCCAGUGUAGUAAUUUCCACACAAAACAUUAUAUUGUGUUAAAUAAAUGUUAACUCUAAGAAGUGUUAAAUUAAACUGUUAACACUGUAAUAGGAUUAGUAUUUUAACUCCAUUUUAACUCUGAAAAAAGUGUUAAAAAUUCAACUCCAAGAGCAGAGUUAUUUUAACUCUGCCCUGGAGUCUAAUUGAUGGUCUCACAUGUACACUCAGAUUGAGUUGAUUUUAACUAACAGGGAGUUUAUUCCAAAAACCAGAAUUUGCUGUGCAAGAACUGACCCUGUCUUGUCAGAAGUUCUGACCAGGAUAUCUCAGGGCUGGAAAGGAAAGAUGACAGAUAAAUUCAAACCCUAUCUGAUUCGACGAAAUGAGUUGACAGUGCAGUCAGAUUGUUUACUGUGGGGUUAUCGUGUCAUCAUACCCCCGCCCCUGAGGCACCGUUUGUUGAAAGAACUUCACGCUGGUCAUUCGGGAAUAGUGAGAAUGAAAGAGAUGGCACGCAGCUACUUCUGGUGGCCUGGCUUGGAUGCAGAGAUCGAGGAGGAAGUAAAGGGUUGUUCAGAAUGUAAGGAACAUGCCCCAGCAGCUCCCUUACAUCCAUGGGAUUUUCCAGAGGUGCCAUGGCAAAGAAUUCACAUAGACUUCGCAGGACCUCUGGAGAACCACAUGUUUCUGGUACUUGUGGAUGCUCACAGCAAAUGGCCUGAGGUUGCGGUCAUGCAUAACACAUCUUCGGAGAAGACCAUUGAGGAGCUUAGAAAUGUUUUCAGUCGUUUUGGACUGCCACAACAGCUUGUAAGUGAUAAUGGGCCCCAGGGUUCUGCCAGGGAAUUGAGGCAGUCUACCCUCCUUCCCCAGAGUUAGAAAAGUUAAUAGAAUGUUCAUGAAAAUAAUAAUAAUAAGAGUAAUGUUCUUAAACUAAAGACAAAUGUAUGUAUGACAUCAAAAGCAUUUAUUUGUUGAGAUUGACUUCAAAAGUAAAAGGGGAGGAAUAAGUUGUGUAUUGUUUACUUAACGUUUCGGGUUUUGUCCUUACGGUGAUUCCGUAUUUGCCCUCCUCUGGAUAUUGUUCAUGCGCAGAACAACUGUGUCUUUUUGAGUUACGAGUCAGUAAAGGCUGCAAUGUGAAAUGCUCGUGUCAGUGUCAUCACUUUAAACAAGUCGUGCAUAAACAGCACUCCACGAUGUAACAGUCCCAUUACAGUAAAUUAACGCAUCAUCAUCCUUGUAUUGUAACUAUCCUUACAUUAAUAAUAAUAAUAAUUCAUCACAUUUAUAUAGAACUUUUCGGCGCUCGCUUUAAGGGGGAAACUCGUCAACCACCACCAAAAGGUGGUGAACUGCAAAUGCUUUAUUUUUUUUUGCAUCUUUGCGCGAUUAGAC